AUGAGUCCUCUGAGGCUGCGAGCGUCGCUGUCGCUGCUGCUGCUGCUGCUGCUGCUGCUGCUGCUGGGUGGCUGCCUCCUCGCGGCCGCCCGGAGAGACCAGGGGGCGACCGGCAGCGCGGCGGAGCCGGCCUCGGGUCCCGCUGGCGGCUCGUCCGGCCGCUUCCUCAGCCGCGAGCGGCACGCGUGCAGCUGGCAGCUCCUGCGGGAGCUCCCAGGGCCCGCGGCGGGGAGCGAGCUGGCGCUGCGCUGCCUGGACCCGGCCGGGGCGCUCCAGCAGUGCGCCUACCGCGGGGAGCCCGAGCGCUGCGCCGCCUACGCCGCCCGCGGCUCGCACUACUGGAAGCAGGUGCUGGGACGGCUGCGCAGGAAGCGGCGGCCGUGCCAGGACCCCGCUCCGCUCAAGGCUCGCCUGUGCGCCGGCAAGAAGAGCCACGGCGCCGAGCUGCGCCUGGUGCCCCACGGGUCCUCACCCGUGCGCCCCACCGCGGCCGGCUUCCCCCGGGAUCCCGAGCCCCCGGUCAGGAGCCGGGGGCGGCUCCGGGAGCCAGCUCCCGCCCCCGCCGGAGGGGCCCGACUUCCCGCGAGCAAGUCUCCCAGGGGAAAGCCCUCUGAGAAGGCCAAAGCGGGCAAGAGGAAGGCGGCCUCGGACCCAGAAGAGGAGCGAGCCCUGGGGACCCGGCCGGAUCCCGACGGGUUGGACGAGAACGCAAAGCUCACGGAGACCUACUGUGCUGAGAAGUGGCACUCCCUUUGCAACUUCUUUGUCAAUUUCUGGAAUGGCUGA